AUGGAUCAAUUGUUACCGAAAGGCUUUGAAGUCAUCGGAGGUCUGAUAGUUGGGGAUUCCGACGCUGAGAAAAGCGCGCUCGAGGCGGUUAAAGCAGCUCGGAGAUUGCGGAAGCAUAUAUCUGAAGGUGGAGAGUUAGAUGAUGAAAAGAUAGUUGUGGCUAGCUGCGAUGCAGUAACCGGUACCAUCCACUUCUUCACCUCCAAAACAGAGAACUCAACGAAGCUAGAGCCUGUUGCUUCUGUUGUCUAUGAGAAAAACUCUGGAAAGUAUCUAUGGGAGAACGGCUGCUUGCUUCACUGUGAGGUUCCUAUCAAGCUGCCGUUCUAUUUCCCCGCGAGCUCUCCCUCCGAUUCAAAGGAGAUGUUUUCAGAUGCAAUUGAUGCAGUUAUCACUGAGUUUAAAGAACCGUAUGCUGUAUACAUAGCAGAGACUUUAAAGAAAGCUUCUGGAGAUGUUGCAAAGCCUGUGGUCCUCCGUGGUAAAGAUUUUGGUUUUGGUGCUGAUGCGUCGAACAUUAACCGUCUUCCUGCUGCUGAUCAAGUAUCUGACGUUAACAUGUUAUCAUGCUCGCAUCUGUGUGUGAACAGCAAAACUGCUGCAGUUGCUAAUUCAGCAGAGAUAAAAUCAACAUCUGAAAAAGCUCCAACAUCUGGUGCCCCUGCUGCAGAAUAUUUUCCAGCAAUGGAAGAAGCAAGGCUCAUUGUUGUUGAUUUGAAUCUUGAUGUGCUUACUUACGCAACUAAGGAACUUCCACUAAUGCACGCUGUCUCGAAUUUAGUUAUCCCUGCUUUGGUUGAUCAGCUAUAUUCACUGAAGAAGAUUAUCUUACCACACCUCUUGAAGGAACAUCCUCAGUUGCGUAUUUAUCACUUCAAUCCACCUGGAGUGUUACAUCCAAUAACGACUAUAUACGAGCUUAACUAUGGGGAGACUGAAAUGAAGCAAGUCGAUGUUAGGAAAUCUCUACACAUGAGGCUUGGUCUGCCUAUUGAUCGUCCACUUCUAAGAACUGCUAACGCCUUGGAUCUUUCUGUGAAUGAUGACUCGAAGAGUAACAUCAAGAAAAGAGCUACGUGGGCAAUGUCAGGUUCCAUCUUGCUCAAAGAUGUGCAUAUUGGAAUACCGAGUAGCGGAGUCUCGGAGGGUGUGGCAUCUCUUAUCCAAGGUUCUUAUGAGUAUCAUCAUUAUCUUCAGGAUGGCUUUGAUGACUCGGGGUGGGGUUGUGCUUACCGGUCAUUGCAAACUAUCAUCUCGUGGUUCAGGCUUCAACACUAUACAUCCAUCUCUGUACCUUCACAUAGGGAAAUUCAGCAGACACUCGUGGAAAUAGGUGACAAGGAUCCUUCAUUUAUAGGAUCACGCGAGUGGAUUGGUGCCAUAGAGCUGAGUUUUGUUCUGGACAAACUUCUUGGUGUAAGUUGCAAAAUCAUGAACUUCAGAUCUGGAUCGGAGCUUCCAGAGAAAUGCCGUGAGUUAGCUAUGCACUUUGAGACCCAAGGAACUCCAAUAAUGAUAGGAGGUGGUGUUCUUGCAUACACGCUUUUGGGAGUGGAUUACGAUGAAGAUAGCGGAGAUUGUGCGUUCCUGAUCCUGGAUCCGCAUUAUACAGGAGGUGAGGAUCACAAGAAGAUCGUCAAUGGUGGAUGGUGUGGCUGGAAGAAAGCUGUUGAUAGCAAAGGGAAGAGCUUUUUCUUGCACAAUAAGUUCUACAAUCUUCUUCUUCCUCAGCGACCUAACAUGAUUAAGGUGAGAAAGAUACGAAUCUACUUUGCAUAG